UUGGAUAUCAAGUUUUUGGGGAACUAUGAAGCAUUACCUCAAUUUCAAUAUAGUUUUGUAGAGGGAUUAAAUAUCAAGUUCUUGUUUCUUUUUUAUCUUGCAGAUGAAAACGGAAGCUAUCGGUCUCUGAAGUCAAGCCCAGGACUAGCAGGUGUAGCCAUUGCUGGCAUAAGUGUGGCAGUAAUUGCUGGAGUGCUGAUAUUGGGUGGUGGUGCAUAUUUUGGAUAUAAACGAAAGAACAAGGUGGAUGCAAAAUUGCUCUUAGCAACAUCUGAUGAUCAGUCUUCUCAGAAUGGGCGUUCCCUUGGGAUUACCACAGAUAAGCCUGAAGAAUCAAAUGGUGCUGGUCGAGGCCCAACAGGCAUUUCCGUGGACAAAUCAGUGGAGUUCUCAUACGAAGAACUUUCCAGGGCUACUGAUAACUUCAGUCUGGCUAAUAAGAUUGGACAAGGAGGUUUCGGAGCUGUUUACUAUGCAGAGCUGAGAGGCGAGAAAGCUGCAAUCAAGAAGAUGGAUAUGCAAGCAUCAAAAGAAUUUCUUGCCGAAUUAAAUGUUUUGACUCGUGUACAUCAUUUGAAUCUGGUGCGCUUGAUUGGUUAUUGCGUUGAGGGCUCUCUUUUCCUAGUCUAUGAAUACAUUGAGAAUGGAAACUUAAGCCAACAUCUACGUGGUUCAGGGAGAGACCCACUACCGUGGUCUAAUAGAGUGCAGAUUGCCCUAGAUUCAGCAAGAGGUCUUGAAUACAUUCAUGAGUAUACUGUUCCUGCUUAUAUCCACCGGGAUAUAAAAUCAGCCAAUAUACUGAUAGACAAGAAUUUCCAUGCCAAGGUUGCAGAUUUUGGAUUAACUAAACUGACUGAGGUUGGAA